CAAGUAGGCAUAGGCAUUAAAAUGAUUCGGCAAUCAACUUAUCUAUGUCGCAGCUAUGUAGAGAAGUUAUUUCGACCAGCGAAAAGGCUGACAAGUAGAUUUCCGGAAGCCUUUAACAUAUGCAAGGAUUUCAGGAUACCCAAGGAAAAGAUGGUUGAGAUUGUCAGCCGUUUGAUCAAGGACAUUGAACUGGGGCUGGCAAAAGCAACAAAUCCGGAAGCGAAAGUAAAGUGUUUUAUCUCGUAUGUUCAGGAUCUGCCCACGGGCGAGGAACGUGGCAAGUAUCUGGGUCUGGAUCUAGGAGGCACCAAUUUCCGUUGUUUGUUAAUCAAUCUGAAAGAAGGUCUAGAGUUUGAAUCUAAAGUCAAGAGAUAUGUCAUUUCGCAUACCAUGAUGCAGGGACCUGGAAGGAAUCUAUUUCAUUUCAUUGCCGAAUGCCUAGCCGAAUUUUGCAAGGAGCAUGAGAUUGACAAAACCCAAAUACCUUUGGGAUUUACUUUCUCGUUUCCCGUGCAACAGGUUGGUAUUAACAAGGGCAUCUUAACCACCUGGACAAAGGGGUUUCAGUGUGAUGAUGUCGUGGGUAAGGAUGUUGUCGAAUUGCUGCAGAAAGCGAUCGAUCGACGAGGCGAUAUUCGUGUCAAAGUUGUGGCUAUACUAAAUGAUACGACGGGAACUCUUGUAUCCUGUGCUCGGGCACAUAAAGAUUGCCGCAUUGGAUUAAUCGUGGGAACAGGCGUCAAUGCAUGCUAUAUGGAAAAGACUACAAAUGCGGAAAUGUUUGAAGAUUACAAAACCAGCAAGAAACCAUUUAUGGUUAUCAACACAGAGUUGGGUGCAUUUGGAGAUGAUGGAGCAUUGGACUUUAUACGCACUUCCUACGACAAAGCGAUUGAUUUGAAUACGGUGAAUCCCGAAAAACAAACAUUUGAAAAGUGCACCUCUGGUAUGUUUCUAGGUGAGGUGGUUCGACAUAUUGUGGUGGAUCUUAUGCGAAUGGGUGUCCUCUUCCAGGGCCAAUCAUCGGAUUAUAUUAACCAGCAGUGGAUCUUCUCAACUCAGUUUCUAUCGGAGAUUGUAUCAGAUCCUCCUGGAAUGUAUCAUAACACCAGAUUGGUAUUGGAUCAGGUGGGCAUUAGAUCGGACAAUGAAGACGAUUUGGCCUGCCUUCGCUAUAUAUGCGAGUCGAUAUCUAUACGUUCCGCUCAACUGACAUCCUGCGCUAUAGCCUCAUUGAUCAAGAAGAUGAAUGUUGAGGAGUGCACUGUGGGCGUAGAUGGUGGACUCUUUCGUCAUCAUCCGCAUUAUAGAGAAAUGCUUGAGGAACAGAUGUCUCACCUUUUGGAGAAUUCAAAUAAAAUCAAGCUUGUUAUGUCCGAAGAUGGUUCGGGACUUGGUGCAGCUUUGGUAGCUGCCGCCUACACAAGGCAUAGAGAAAGUUAAUCAAAAUUCAAUUAAAGUAAAUUCUUUUAACAAACUUUUACAUACAAAUCUUAAGUAUUAUCUAUUUGAAUAGUAUUUUACUAACGCAUUUUCCAAUCAUAAAUUUAAUUGUAAUCAAUUAAGAUUGAAUAAAAGUAUCUUUGUUAAAAAGAA